UGGGGACUCGUGCUUCCUUCGCGAGUGUCGGGUUUCGGGGGCGCGGAGACGCCAACCUGCGAGCGGCGGUUGAAACCCAAGGAUCCGUGGUCUUGCCUGAUCCAGCCUGAAGAUGACCCCACUGGCCGCGGUGGUGUCUGGCCCUCGAGCCCAGCUCUUUGCCUGCUCCCUCAGGCGGGGCACUCAGCAGAUUGGCCUCCUUCAGCUGCACACAAGGUCCAGCCUUGCCGCCAAGAACCACUAUGAAGUGCUGGUGCUGGGUGGGGGCAGCGGUGGGAUCAGUAUGGCUGCCCGCAUGAAGAGGAGAGUGGGUGCGGAGAACGUCGCCAUUGUUGAGCCCAGUGAGAGGCAUUUCUACCAGCCAAUCUGGACACUGGUGGGUGCUGGAGCCAAGCAGUUAUCCGCAUCGGGCCGUCCCACUGCAAGUGUGAUACCCUCUGGCGUAGAAUGGAUCAAAACUCGAGUGGUUGAGCUGGACCCCAACAAGAACUGUGUCCGCACAGACAGUGGCAAGGAGAUUUCCUACAAAUACCUUAUUAUUGCUCUUGGGAUUCAGCUGGACUAUGAGAAGAUCAAAGGCUUACCUGAAGGUUUUGACCAUCCCAAAAUAGGGUCCAAUUAUUCAGUGAAGACGGUGGAGAAGACAUGGAAAGCUCUGCAGGACUUCAAGGAAGGCAAUGCCAUCUUUACCUUCCCAAAUACCCCUGUAAAAUGUGCUGGAGCGCCCCAGAAGAUAAUGUAUUUGUCAGAAGCCUAUUUCCGGAAGACAGGGAAGCGAUCCAAGGCCAAUAUCAUUUUCAACACUUCUCUUGGAACCAUUUUUGGGGUUAAGAAGUAUGCAGCUGCCCUGCAGGAGAUCAUCCAGGAGCGGAACCUCACCGUUAACUAUAAGCAAAACCUCAUCGAAGUCCGAGCUGAUAGACAGGAGGCUGUUUUUGAGAAUCUGGACAAACCUGGAGAGACCCAAGUGAUCUCAUAUGAAAUGCUUCAUGUAACACCACCCAUGAGUUCGCCAGAUGUCCUCAAGACGAGUCCUGUGGCUGAUGCUGCUGGCUGGGUGGACGUCGAUAAAGAAACUCUUCAACACAAGAAAUACCCCAAUGUCUUCGGCAUCGGGGACUGCACCAACCUUCCCACGUCAAAGACCGCAGCCGCAGUGGCUGCCCAGUCAGGAAUACUUGACAGAACAAUUUCUCUGAUUAUGAAGAAUCAAAAACCAAUGAAAAAGUACGAUGGCUACACCUCGUGUCCACUGGUGACUGGCUACAACCGUGUGAUUCUUGCGGAGUUCGACUACAAUGCUCAGCCGCUGGAAACUUUCCCCUUUGACCAGAGCAGAGAGCGACUUACCAUGUACCUCAUGAAGGCCGACCUGAUGCCUUUCCUGUAUUGGAAUAUGAUGCUGAGGGGUUACUGGGGAGGACCAGCUUUUCUGAGGAAGGUGUUCCAUCUGGGUAUGAGUUAAGGAGGGCUCAACCCUCGCUCUCCUUGGAUGGCUUCUGAACCCAAAUCAUAGUCGCUGACUGAACAAGAGCAGCAGGAAGAACUUAAAACCUAACCCUGUGCAAAGACUUAAUUGCUGGAUCAUGGUGACCAAAUGCCUCCCUUUUCAGUUCCUCUGGAUAGCCAACAUGUGGUCUGCCCCGGAUGAGUUUGAUUCUUUGGAAAUAUUCAAAUGAGAGGAUAGAUUUCUAUUUUUUAAAUAAAAGCUUGCCAUUGAUUGGGA